AUGCACCUCUCUUCAUGUCUAGCGGUCAUCGCGGCCUGCUCGACAUGCACUCGAGCAUUUUACCCAUAUAACCUCCAAGAUGGCUCUCCCUCAGGAAGCGAAACAACCCGGUUAACAGUAGGCCGUCGACACGAUGGGAAACCGCCGACAUUGGAUCUUCGCAAACGCGCUGUCCGCCGGGAUGACAGCUACACGAUAGUCGAGGCCGACACGCCCACGCUCCCAAACAGCGCUGCCCUGGACCAGGAUGGCCUGGACUACUCCUACUUCUCUGUUGUGGAGGUCGGUUCGGAGCAGCAGCAGAUGUGGCUGGCCCUUGACACGGGCGCGCCGGACACUUGGGUCUUCGAUGCGUCCUGCACGGAGGAGGUGUGUACCAGCCAUCACAUGUUCGACGAGAGCUCCUCCACUAGUUUCACGGUCAACGGAGCCGGCUUUAGCCUUGGUUACGGCACCGGCACCAUUGCUGGGAAACUGGGCAACGACACCAUGUCGUUGGCCGGUUUGAGUGUGCGACAGGUUUUCGGGAUGGCUACUUCCGCGUCCGAUUUCUUCAAAGGAUACCCCUUCGACGGGAUUCUGGGCCUGGGCCGCUCCAACACUGAUGGGUGGAAUAUGCCCUCGUUCAUGGACAUGGUCGCGGAGGCCGGCUAUCUUGGGUCCAACAUCGUCGGGUUCAGUUUCUCGCGCAUGGCGGAUAACCCCAAGGACGGAGAAGUCAAUUUUGGCGAUGUCGACACGACCAAGUUUCAGGGCGACAUCACGUACACUGCGACAGACGCGGAUAACUGGUGCAUUCCCCUGGACGACGCGUACGUAAACGGCCAGGCCGUUGGCUUCUCUGGAAAAUCCACCACCAUCGACACGGGGACGAGCUACAUCCUCCUUCCGACGGCAGAUGCCCAGCAACUCUUCUCGCACAUCCCGGGCUAUUAUCAGAAGGGCGAGAAGUUUCAUAUUCCCUGCAACACGACUGCCCUCUUGCAGUUCUCGUUCUCCGGAGUCCAGUACUCCAUCUCCCCUCUGGAUUAUAUCACCAAGGCCGUUGGUGGCGGCUGUGUGUCGACUAUUGUUGGUCACCAGUCGGGCGAUGCAGAUACUUGGCUUGUUGGUGAUGUCUUUCUGAAGAAUGUGUACACCGUCUUCGACUUUGACAAUGCGACUAUCGGCUUUGCGCAGCGGGCUGAUGCUUCGGCUGCGACCGCCACGUACACGCCCAUUGCCAGCACUCUACCUAGCGCUACUGGUACAACAAGUGGUUCUACGACGUCGGAGACAAUGACAACGACAACGACAACCACAGCGACCUCGACGAACUCGGCUUCCCGAGUCGCUCAUGCGGUCGGAAUGCCGCUGCUGAGUGCUCUUCUCAGUGCACUCUUUGUUUAG